AUGGGCCAACAGGUAGGCUCUCUUCUGGGGAGGCCAGUGCUUCCCGCAGAUGAUUUUCAGACACGCCGCAGCAGCAGCCAUAGGUCCUCCCGCAGGGACUGCUCGGGCAUUUGGCUCUUGAGGCAGGAGGCUCAGCAGAGGAGGGCCGCCCAGGAGGCUGCGAGGCCCCCGUCCGCCUUCAGGCCCGUGGUAGGCCGGCGAGGCCAGGUGCCUUAUGUCCCCAGGCCUGGGCCUCUGAGCACAGACCACCGCAGGCAGAGCGCCAGAGCUCCAGCUGCCCGCUACCCCCAGCCCUCCUGUGUGAGCUCCACCAAGCGAGAUGCCAUCAGCAGCUCCUACAGCUCCACCGGGGGGCUGCCGGGACAGCGCAGGAGGGCUGCAGCCCCCUCGCACACCAGGCCGCCCCCGGGCUCCACCAAAGAUCUGAAGGCGGCCAGGCCUGACAGCCUCCAGCAACCGUGUUCGGCCCCCCAAGUUCCCCGCAAGACCGGGAACCAGGUGGUGGCAGACACACCAUCCAGACAUGAAGAAACCAGAAAGGAACACGAGAUGACACCAGAGGGUACUGGCCUAGGAAGAAGAAAGAUCCCUCUCCUGAGGCGUCACCAAGGGCCACCCCUCAGGCUGCCACCCCCUCCGGAACUAAGCUAUAAGAUCACUGCGGAGCACAUAGAUCAGGAGAAGGAGGCAGCAUUCCAACUUCUGAAUGCCAGGCUGAUGGGUAAGUUGCAGGCCCUAGACAUCAGCAGCACCAUACAGCCUGUCUGCCCUCCUCCCCUGCCUGCCACAGGUACUGCUCCUGAACCCUUGAUCUCUGCGGGGGAGAGUAACCACAGAAAGCAGCAGGACUCCACCCUCACCAGUAGCCCUCAGCCUUCCUGCUCUGCUUCCCAGCCUCUGCCAGGCACUGAUCCACCCAUGAUCCCUGCAGGGAAAGGGACUGGACCUCCAUCCACUGUGCCAUCAGGGAAGAGUAAGAACAGAAAGGAGAAGCCCUUCCUGGGCUCUGGGAACCCACUGACAUCUCCAGCCACAGCUACAGCCUCUGCUGUACACACAGACACUAACAGAGUAGAGCUUCCAAUGGACAUCACACCUCCACCUGAUCCUCUCCUUUCUGGGCCUCUGGCCCCUGACACCAGUGGCAGCUCCCUCCCUUCUGCACAGCCAACUGUGACACUGCCCCUUGGCAGCACAGCCAUAGCCAUGGGCUCUGCUGAAUGUGGCAAGGACCAGGGGCAGCAAGAGGGCAGCCUGUUCCUGGCUAGGACAGAGCUUGAGCGUUGGUGCGCCCCCACAUAA